UCAAGACGUAAUGGCGGAUUGUAGGUUGCAACUUCAACUGACUGAUAUGUAAAACUUCUGACAUUAUGAUAGUUUGAGCCACAAUACAUGUAAUGAGUGACAAGUCUGGUGGAGUUAAGCAAAAAUCACAAGAAAAUUUGGAUAAAAACCAUGACAAGUCAGCGAAUGGGUCGGGUGAAAAUUCACGAUCCAACUUGAGCGAAAGUGGAAGCCCUGAAAAGGUCUCGACUGCCUCGAAAUAUGACCCCAAAGCUCGUUCCUUUGACAGGAAGACCUCGCCAAGGCCUCCGCCAAAGGGUAGAGGUGUAUACAAGAAUGGUGGACCCAAACCUCGACGGGAAGAUGAACGAAAUUUUAAUUCUAACGCCAAAGGCUUCCGCAGAUACGACACAAAGUCGGGUGCUCCUCCGCCACCCCAAACAACUUCAUCUCUGUCAGAGAAAAAGACAAUAGAACCAGGCAAGACUUUCACUGAUGAGUCUCGACUGUCCAAGGUGAUGCGGCGUUUGCUCCGAGAUGCAGAUCGAGACCGAAGACUCACAGCAGCCAAGCAACUUAAAGACUAUCUACACACUGUAGAAGGAGGGAAGGCUGCUGUGAAGUCAGCAGAUGACCUACUGGCUGCCCUGCCUGGGAUCUUCUUUGAGAGAGGGUACCGGGAGGUGAAGGUGGAAGUAGCCUUGUCUAUUGGAGCUAUAGGCAGUGCUGUUGGUCAGGAUAUGCAGAGCUUUUUCCAGUGGUUGUUUGGCCAGACCGAGACAGUGUUUGAGGACGAGGUGAAGACCUUCUAUCUCCUGGCCUUGCUUGAGACUUUGCGUUGUGAUGAAAAGAGACAGAAUGCUGCAGAACUUAUGCAGCUGGUGAUGGAGAAGAUACAGACCUUGCUGGAGAAUGCUGACACGCCAGAACUACUGACGGCUGUGGUAGAUGUCAUCAUGUUUAUUGCCAAGAUCUACCCACACAUCUUCAGCAUGCACUUUAGGGACACAGUGGACAUCCUGGUCGGCUGGCACAUUGAUGCCACCCAGAAGGAGGCCCUGAUCAGGUACACCUCCCAGGCUCUGGUCAGCUUCCACAUGUUCUGGACUUCGGACCUCUCCUUCUCCCUCACUCUGCUUGGACAGUUCCUGGAGGACAUGGAGGCCUAUGCCGAGGACCUGAACCUGAACAUGACUGUGCAGCCCCUGGCAGACGAGGACCUGCCCCCGGCAGAGGAGUGCAUCACUAAGAUCUCCGCCCUGCUGCGUGUGUUCACCACUGUCAUACAGAGCCUGGGGGACAGCUUCUCUCCAACCAAGGGGGGUCAAAUCUCAAGGGAAUAUGUCUAUGAGGUGUUGGAUAAGAUUGUCCGCAGUGUUGAAAAUGCUACAAAAAAUCUACACUCUGAGAGCAUCUUUAUUGCAGCCAAUGUGUGUCUGACCUGCAUUGCAAGCCAGCUUCAGAACAACAUCACUCCGACCUGUGAGGGGAUGCUGCCGUUUAUAACCAGGCAGAUCUUCCUCACGAAGUUGCUCAGCAAGCACCACCUCAUGACUCUCUUUGAUCUGGUACACAAGGUGGUGGAGGUGUUUGGACCACAGCUUCCAGUGAUCUUCCUGACCAAGGUUCUAGGUCCUGGCUCCCUGCUACAUGGCUGUGUGAUGUCCCACUCCGGGGAGGUGCUGGGCCACUUGAUGUCCGUGUAUCAUGCCAUCCUUGGCCUCAAGAGUGUCCCCCUGUUGGAGGAGUCCUACAGGUUGAUCCGGAGCUCUGUUGAGGCGUGCUACACCAAGCUGCUGGCCGGGGGCCCCUCCCACGCCAUGUUUGAGAGCCAGGAGGAAAACCCCUUCUCCCACCACGCCUUCAGCAUCAGGCAGGCAGAGGCCAUCAUCUUGUUUGACGUCUGUGCACUCGCAGAGAUAGGCAACACAAAGAGCAACCUCAUUGGGAUGUGGGCGCUGUCCCCUAGUGUGUUUGACCUCCUGAGCACCCACCUGUGUCCGGUGGAGCCCUGGAUUGCCGAGUGUUACCCGUCGGUGCAGUUUGCCGUGGUGUACGCCCUCUACUCCCACUGCUGCAGGCACAGCAACUUCACGUCCAGCAGCUCCAUGCUCUCCCAGCCCUCCCCAGUGGACAGUGCUAUCAUCUCAUCGGUCAGCAUGGUCACCAGUGGCCACUUUGCCAAGGUCCUGGAGCUCACGGAGCAGCUGUUAGCCCACUCCAAGACCACCUACGAUGUAAGGUGCCUGGUGAUCAAGUGGGUGUCCGAGAUCAUCACCAGCCUGCACACAUCCCAGCACAUCUUCCUCAAGGCAAUCUUCAUCAGACUCCUCAAGACUCUCAUAGGACAAGGUUUCAACACAGAGCAGCCCAUCUUUAUGGCAGUCAACCAAUGUUUGAUGAACUUAUUCAAGUCCACUGUCCAGUUCCCAAAGGAGGUGGUCAAGCUGUGUGUGGAACUUUGUGCGUUCCGACUGACCGACCUGCGACGGCAAGUUAAAGAAGCCUUCAAUUCUCUCCUGAAAAUACUUCCCUUGGAUGUUGUGACCAGUAACCUUGUGUUCGAGGCAGAAGAAGAAGCCCUAGCCAGUCAGCGCCGUGACCGAGUCGUUGGACUGAAGGCGGCAUGGUUGGCUCGGAGGAAUCACAUCGGCAAACAGCCAAUGGGGACGUUCCACUCUCAUAACUUCAGACAUGUCAUGGCCUACCUUCUGAACAACAUGCAGCCCAGCCAACAGGGAGUGCUGCACUGGCUGGAGGCCAUGUACCACAGUUCCCAGCGCUCCGACAAGGAGCAGGAGAAGACAGCGGACGUCGUCACUCUCGCCGACUUGAUUGACGGGAACGAGUCCCUGCUGUGGUUCUGGGCCACUUGGGAGGCUGCCAACUUCUGUGUGUUAGCCAGGCUGAGGACACCGCUCGGCAAACCACAGGAGACUUUCAUGACCAUAGAAAGUGUGCUGAAGUCCAUAGCUACAGAGGUCAGCCGGGAGGACACAGAGGACGGAGGCGCAGCAGAUGCUCCCAAAAGUGAGCGUCCAGGGGAGUACACCAGCCUCCUGCGAGUCCACCUGCUGCUGCAGUUUAUGGAGCAUCUAGAGAAGCUCCUCUACAACGCCUACGAGGGAUGCGCUGUUGCCAUGCCAACACCUCCCAAGACUGUGAGGACAUUUUUCCGCACCAAUCGGAACACUUGCCAGGAAUGGAUCGCACGUAUCCGAGUGUGCAUCAUCAAGAUGGCAGUGCAUGCUGGGAUGUCUGCAGCCGCAGCACGGCAUGCUUAUGAACUUCUCAAAGACAUGGUUGAUGCGGACAAUACCAAUGUUCCCGAGUUUGAGCAGGGUGUGGUGUACCUGACUCAGGCACUGUGUGACCUCCGCAGUCCGGAGUGUGUGAUGGGGGUGUACAACUGGUGUCGGGAUGUCGCUGGACGCAAGUUCUCCUGGAUCAAGGCAGUAGCAGAGAAAGCAGAGAGAAGGUAUGAGGCUGCAGCGAGGGAGUUCAAGUCGAUGCUGAAGAAUACCAUGUCAGUGGAGAGUGAUGACGACAGCAAAGGGAGGUCAUCGAGUUCGUCCCCGGAGGGGAGUCCAAGACCUGGCAGUGAAAACAAACCUCUUCACAAGAUGAUCCUGAGCAAGCAGCCAGAGAAGAACCCUGGCACUGUCAACUUCAUGGUGAACGAGGUGAUGGACUGCUACAUUCAGCUGAGUGACUGGGAUGCGGUGCUUGAGUGGCAGGAGUCUGUACAGAAGUACCGCUCCGAGAACACUCUCAGCACCGUACAGACGGCCUUCAACUCCAACUAUGACAUCAACUACAUCAAAGCACUGUCCCACUUUGACAGUGGGAACCUGAGUGGUGUUCGGGAGAGCCUGGAGCUGGUGCCAGGGGCUUCCUUGUCCGAGAUGAGCAAGUCGGAGGCAGGAGGCUUGACGUGGAACCCACGCACAGAGCUGGAGAAUAUCCACUCCCAGUUCAUCAAGGCUGCAACACUCCUGCAGGAACACAAGCAAACAAACCACAGGACCGACAUCCAGAAGUGCCUGAGCCAGGCGGAGCGGUGUGGGGAGGGGUUGUUGAGAAUCAAGGCAAUGGACUGGCCUCCGACCCUGUCUGGACAGGUGCUCAAUGAACUGAACACAGUGUCCAUGCUGCGGAAACAGCUGGAUGAGAAGAGAGUGAAGACGUCACUGUUGUCGCUGUCGGAGCAGCUGCUGGUGGAGCCAGACAGCCAGGAGCUGGGGACGUACAUGCAGACCCUGAGACUGCUCAACCUCCAGCUGCUUCUGCCGGGAUGUGACCGCAAGCCAGAGUUAAAGAACCAGCUGUCUCGCACUCUCCUGGCAGCGUCGUCUCUGUCCCGCAAACAACACAGCUACGAGCUGGCUGAGGACUUGCUGGUGAGACAAGUCAUCACCCUCAUGAGGAACAGCAACGAGAACGGCCGCAUUACCUUCCCGAACGACCUGGUCCCUGCUCUGGCCAGUCUGCGCUCUUGCAAUGGCAGCCUUAACCAGAUGGAGGUGAUGAAGGUGGAGCGAGAGAGCGCUAAGCUGCUCCACAGCAUCAGCCAGCCCAAGGAUGCCAUCGAGGUGAUGAGCAGCAGCAUCAUGGGGAACAUCCUCCUGGGCGACACGGCUCAGAAGAAGCCCGUCGUGGGCAGCUGUGCAGAGCUGUGUUCCAGGUCGCUGGUGACCCUGGUCAAGUGGAUGCAGGGGGACCAGAAACUGCUGGGGUCGGUGGCGGCGCAGGUCAAGCUGAGUGGACAGGGAGACGGCAGUGGCACGUCGUCCCACACGGUGAGGAACAUCAAGCUGUUGAUGGAGAUGGAAGAGAAGGGAGCAAAGAAGAGACUGGGACUCAGCCUUGCUAUGGAGGACCAGGAACAAGUUCUGAAGAUUGGCGACAACCCCAUCCUGUCUGACAGUGACAGUAUCAUUGGUCGCCUGCUCCACCUCUGUGCAAUGGAAUCUCCCAAACUGGCCAAGUCCUGGUUCACCCUGGCUGGGUGGUGCUACAAAUGGGGGAGGAAGGCAGUAGACAAUGCCAGCCAUGGGAGUGUGGAGCUGUCAACUGAAGAAAAAGGACAGAUUUUAUCAAUCAUCCCCAAGGGUACAAGCAGCGAGGAGACAGAGAGGGUGCUGGGCGUGUUGAGCCAGAUCCACAGUCCGCUGUCCAGUGAGGAGGACAUUAGUGACCAGGACCAGAGUCUCUACGAUGAUGGCACCGAGACGACGAGGAAGCAGCUGCUAGCAACAUCCACAUCGCUGCAGAUGGCGAGUGAGGAGUGUAUCGAGCAGUUGUUGGCGGUGUGGCAGGGAGUGGUGCAGAGAGUGUAUCACUACUACAAGCUGUCCGCCAAGGCCUACUUCACGUACCUGCAUCUCAAUGGAGUUAACGAAGAAACCGACAAUGCUGAUUGCAACAUCAUCUCCACUCUGCGGCUGCUUCGUCUGCUGGUGAAACACGCAUGGGAGCUGAGAAAUGUGCUGGAAAGUGGCCUGGCACAGACCCCCACAACGCCAUGGAAGGGAAUAAUCCCCCAGUUGUUUUCCCGACUGAGCCAUCCAGAAGGCUAUGUGAGACAGAGUGUGUCUGAUCUGCUGUGUCGGGUGGCCCAGGAUGCCCCACACCUCAUCAUAUACCCAGCUGUGGUCGGCAGCUCCGCCAACAAGAUGGAGGCCAAGGUCACAGACCAGAGAGGUUUGCUGAGCAACUACUUGUCAGAAGAAGAGGAGAGCCUUGACCCUGAUGAAGGAGGUCAAGGGUCACAGGGAGAGGAUGAGGGAGAGGAUCCGGUCAUGGAGGACCCCAGUGCCACCAUGCUGCAGACUUGCCUAGCCACCAUCGUGGACACCCUGUCUCACCACAACCCCAAGAUGAUCUCCGAGGUGCAGCAGAUGGUGCAGGAACUGCGGCGCGUCACGCUGCUGUGGGAUGAACUGUGGCUUGGCACCCUAAACCAGCAGCAUACGGACGUGGUGCGCUCCCUGGCCCAGCUGGAGAGUGAGGUGAAGAAAGUCAACGCCAACCAGUCACUGAACAAGGAGGAGAAGACGGCCAUCAUCAGAGAGAAGCACAAGACCAUUAUGAAGCCAAUCCUAUACACAAUGGAGCGGCUCCACGAGAUUACCAGCCAGGCGGCGGAGACACCGCAUGAGAAGUGGUUCCAGGACACGUAUGGGGAACUGAUAGAGAACGCCCUGCAGAGGCUGAGGAACCCUAGCAACCCCUCCAACCCUGCCGUCAACUGGCAGCUCUUCAAACAGCUGCAUGUCAGCCUGCAGCAGCGAGCCCAGAAGCGAAACAGUCUGCAGUUGCGGAUGGAGGAAAUCAGCCCUCGACUGUCCAGUCUGGUCAGCUCGGUCAUCCCUAUGCCCGGACUCGGUGUGCUCGGACAGACAGUCACCAUAGAGUCUGUCUACAACACGGCACAAAUCCUCCCCACGAAGACCAAACCCAAGAAACUGGUCCUGCUUGGAUCAGAUGGCCGAAGAUACCCGUACCUAUUCAAGGGCCUCGAGGACCUCCACUUAGAUGAGAGAAUCAUGCAGUUCCUGUCUAUUGUAAAUAACAUGUUCUCCAAGUCAAACAAGGGGACCCGUCAGCUGUACCGAGCUCGACACUACUCUGUGACACCACUUGGACCACGGUCAGGCCUCAUUCAGUGGGUGGAGGGAGCCACACCUCUGUUCGGUCUGUACAAGAAAUGGCAGCAAAGGGAGGCAAUUGCACAGACCCUCAAGAUAAGCUCAUCAGGACAGAGCAGUGCUUCCAGCAAUGCGGCCACCAUCCUGCGCCCCAGCGACAUCUACUACAACAAGCUCACACCGGCACUGAAGGAUAAGGGCAUUGACAACCUGGACAGCCGUAAGGAGUGGCCACUGAGUGUCCUGAGGAACGUCCUGGAGGAGCUGAUGGAGGAGACGCCCAAAGACCUCCUGGCCAGGGAGCUGUGGUGUGCCAGCUCGGGUCCCAAUGAAUGGUGGCAGAUCACUCAGACCUAUGCCAGGUCCACUGCUGUCAUGUCUAUGAUCGGCUACAUCAUUGGACUCGGGGAUCGUCACCUUGACAAUGUACUGGUUGAUCUGGCAACGGGCGAGGUUGUCCAUAUAGACUACAAUGUGUGUUUUGAAAAAGGCAAAGGUCUGAGGGUCCCUGAGAGAGUCCCAUUCAGGAUGACUCAGAACAUAGAGACAGCUCUGGGUGUUACUGGCAUUGAGGGGACUUUCCGAACGGCAAGUGAGCACGUGAUGAAGACGAUGCGUAAAGGCCGAGAGACGCUGCUGACACUGCUGGAGGCCUUUGUGUAUGACCCGCUGGUGGACUGGACCACCGGGAACGAGGGGGGCUACACGGGGGCCUUCUACGGAGGGGGGAUGACCACGGCGGCGGGAGCGGGGGAGAAGAAGAAGAGCAAGAAGGAGAUGGAGCGUGAGAUCACCUGCAGCAUGUUCGCUAUCAGGGUUAUGGAGAUGAAGGCGGCCUGGACAAAGAACAGAGAAGAUAUCAUGACUGCUGUGCCCGAGCUGAGGGAAGUAGAGUUGUCAUGGAUACAGAUGUGCGAGCGCCACCUGUCCCACCUGACUGACAUGGACGGGAUGAAGGAGGUGAAGCAGUUGUUGAUGGAGGCUCAGCGCGAUGCCGGCCACGCCCUGUACUCCCUGCAGGAGAGGUACGCAGAGUACUCGGUGGUCAAGGCAGCCAAGGACUCGGCCUACAAGGCCGUGGAGGAGAAGAUCAACGAGUUCAGUCACUGGCAGAAGAUGCACAAGCACUGCCUGGAGACCAUGCAGGGGUCAGUGUUCCAGAAGAUGUGUUCCGAAGUGGCCAAGCCCCUGGACCUGGGAGCACCCAGCUUCUCUGCUGCCACGGAGUUCCUCCAGGGUGCGGGCCAGAGUCAGAUCGUGGGGCAGUGUGAACAGCUGGAGACAGAGAUGAGUGGUCACCUGCAACAGCGACGGUCACUGCUACACAGCGUGUUUGAGGUGCUGCACAGCUACAGCACCAUUGUAUCACAGUUUGGAGCCAUAUUUGCUGACGAGGCGAGGACAUCCCACUAUCUGUGGUGGCUGCAGGAGCUGGUGUGUGACUUCACCACAAACAAAUGUGAGCAGAUAACCUCGCGGUAUCACGACCUGUUCGGGCCCGGGUCUACAGCACCCAGCAGCAAGACACAGGUCGUCAUGACAACGGAAACUCGGCUCCAGAGUAUCGACACUGAAACCAAUGCCAAGAUACGGAAGUUGCUGGAUCGUCGUUCCCAGGAGUUGGUGGACACGCCUAUCCUUGAGAUACAGUACCAUGAGUCUGAGAGAGCAAUACAGGCCUUUGUGCAAGACAGCGGCAUGUGUGGCGUGACAAGCCUGAUCUGUGUGAUCGUGUCGGCCCUCUGCUCCCUCAACAAGAGAUACAUCAUGAUGGAGGGGGCGGCCUCAGGUGCCGGGGACCGCCUCAUGGACCUGACCUCCCGGGACGGGGACUGGUUCCUCGACGAGUUGUCCAGCAUGAGCGGCAAUGUCAACAUGUUCCUCGACACUCUCAAAAACAACACCAUGGCAGGGGACGUGGAGAACUUCCGAGAGCUACACCAUGCCCUGACUUCCACACACAAUGCAUAUGUGGCCCUCCAGGACCUGAACAUCAACUUCCGCACAAUCAUCCUGCCGGAGACCCUGAAGCUGAUCCAGGCCCAGGACGCCAGUCUCUUGUCCUUGCUGUCGCACCUCGAGAACAUGAUCUCCGACCUCAAGCAGCCACUGGACGCCCUCGUCGCCCAGCUAGAGGUGCUGCACAGGAAUGCUGUCAUGGGAAUAGAGAACGAUUCGAUGGAGUGCAUGACGAUCGUGAGGAACAUGCAGUGUGACUUCAACAAGCUGCUCCAGGGCUCUGACCACGACUCCGGGGACCUCACCCCGGGGCAGAUGCUGCUGAUGGGAUUCAACGGCUUGUUCACCCGACUGGAGAAUGAGUUUGCCAGCAUGUUGGAGGCCAUUGAUUCUGUACAGGUGCCGGACGUCUGGAGGAAGGUGGACGUUGUCAAGGAGGCCAAGUCCAUGCAGCUGUCCUCCUUCACCAGCAGCACUCGAGGUCUGUUGUCCAAUCUGUUCUUCCUGAAGAGACUCCAGGCCAUGCAGGACUUCUUCCACAUGGGCACCCAGUUUGCUGCUGCCCUGCAGGGCCUUGAUGGCGGAGUGUGCUACGAUGAUGAGCAGAUGGCCAAACCUAUCAAGAAAUUCAUUGCAGACUAUGUGAGGAAGCAGGUGAUUGGUUUCCCCUCCCAAAUCCUGGGCUACAUCAUCUGUGUGUUUGUGGACACCCUCGGCGUGAAUGUCACUGCGGAGAUCGAGCUGAAGGAUGUUGGGGCCGAGUCAAAGGUGCCGCUGGAUGACCUGUGCAAGAAGGCAGUUGACCAGUGCUUGAGGAACUCUCAGUUCCAGCAUGUCCACCUGACUCAAGCCACCUCCCUGACAGGGUCUCAGGACUCCUCCUGGAGAAAACAUGAUCUGGCCAGACGUCUGGACAACAACAUCAGCCUGGUAAAGACGUCCCUGCAGCGCUGUCAGCCUCAGGUGGCCAGGUUCCAGUGGCUGCAUGAGGACCUGUUCUCACAGGCCGGCCGCCAUCCCACCCAGUUUGACCUGCCAGUCAGAGCCAAUGUCAUGUCCGAAAUGAGAAAGGGCAUGCAGUCCCUGUUGAGCCAGGAGGGGGUGAUCGCUGGGUGUGAAGACCGCUACAGUCAGUUGGAGGGUAGCAUCACGCAGAGACUACGGUGGGCCGCCGGCGCCAACCCAACACUCAACUUUGUCCUGCAGCAGUUUGAGGAGGCAAGCAAUCGCAGGAAAAUGUCACUUGAGACGGAGAGCAAGAUGGUGACGGAGGUUGUCUCUCUGUGUCAGGGUAUCUUGCACUUCGAAGCACUGAGAACACGGACAGCUGAGGCAGUGUCCUCCGACACCAACUUCCUCACUCACAUCAACAGAUGUAACGAGGUGUGCAUGUUGAUGGAGUCGUCCAGCAGCAGUGUCUCGGACCUGGAGGUGCAGCUGAUGACCACACGGUCCCCAGAGGAGGGUGAGAAGAUCACUGCCCAGUGGCUGGAGUCCACGCUGGACCAGGUCAACAAGGACGUUGCAGAGAUGGACACACAGACAGACACCAUAAAGGCAGAGAUUGAUGGAUUCAAAAUAAGCAUCCAGGACAAGGUCUCAACAAUCAAGACAGUGCUAGCAUCCCAUCACAAGCUGAUGUCUGAUCUGCGCUCCAUCCUUAAGUCCAUGGCCAAGCAAGAGGAGCAGGACUAUGGUGACUACGUCAUUGAGGGGGGUAUCCGGGAGUACCUGGCCACCUAUAAGAAUUUCUCGGAGAACAUGGCUGCCGCCCUUAAGACUGCCGUGAGCGAUGACAUGACCAAAGAGGGCAUGCAGGAGGCCAGGGUGAUGCUGGCAGAUCUGUUGGAGCAAAUACCACAGAUAUACGACACCCUGCUGCAGUUUGCUCCACCCAUCCUGCCCGACACGGAGGAAGAAGAGGAAGAGAACCCUACCAGCAAGGAGAACAAUCAGGCUUUGAAGAAGCCAGCCGAGCGUGAAGUAGCCAGUCCUGCACGCAGGAUGUCCACAAUCCAGAGAGAGCUGCAGCCCAACACCCCGCCCUUCAGCCCUCAGGCCGGUGCAGCGGCCCGGGCACAGAGCACUCCCAUUGUUAAGAAGGAGAGAGUUAUCCGAGAUCCACGUACGGGGAAAGCCAUCCAGGAGAGGAACACCUAUGCAGUGGGGGUGUGGCGCCGUGUCAAGAUGAAGCUAGAUGGGAGAGACCCGGACCCCAACAAACGCAUGUCCGUUGCAGAACAGGUGGACUAUGUUCUGAAGGAGGCUACCCAUCUGGACAACCUGGCCGUGUUAUAUGAGGGAUGGACGCCAUGGGUUUGAAUUCGACAUGACCUGAAUCCAGGCUCCUCGCUCUAACUACGACCUCUAGCAGAAACCUCUCCCUAGCAGCGAUGGCAGACGCGUAAACUGCACAUGUUGCUCGCCUCGACUGGGAGACUCUGUCUGGGUCAUACUUACAACACUCGGAAGUCGAGUCCAAAGUUCUAGCCAAAACAUGGAAGUAAAAAGCAAUACCGCACUCUCGGGCCCGGCCGUUGGGCCUUUAUAUGAGUGAUUGCUUUGAGUCAAGAGCUACCGGGACGCCGACUGCUGGCACCCUUUAUAGCAUUUUGUUCCGACAUUGGCAGAGUAACAAAGCAGCAAGAAAUAUCGACAAACUUAUUCAGAGCGACCAUCGUCAGUAGAUGGGUCCGCAUUGAUCUGAUUUGCGAUGAAUAAUGAGAUAGACUUGAGGAUAGAGUUGGUGGGAUAGAAGGACAUAUUGAUUGACGUAUCAUGUAUUACAGCCACACAUUGCCCCCCUCAUCCUAACUGUAUGGGAUUUUGUGACAAGGUGAACUAUGAUAUUGAUAGACUUUUCUUUUUCAUCGAACUACAGUCCUGAAAUGAAAUAUCUAUCACCCUUGUUGUUAUAUUGAUGAUUGUGUAUUAUAUAUGACAUGUCCAUAUGCUUGCUUUGAAUUCCUGCUUGUAGUGGAAGUCUUCGCGUCCUCAGCUAGAACUGAGUGGUUGGCAGACACAGAUUGCAGCCAUUAUGGAAAUAGACAAGCUAGCCUAUUUUGCAGUGCUAUAAGAUCACAUGUUUCACACUGUAGAUUGGCUUUAGACAUUGCAGUGGAAGUUGUUAUCUGACACAUGAGAAUUGUUAUGUUGAAAGGAUCAACACUUAUACAUUUCCCUCUCCUCGUCAAGAUGUGUGAAAUUAAGGGAAAAGUGCAUAUACAAACAUCAUUAAAUUGUCUAUCCUCUUUCUGCUUAGAGUAUUAAGAAAGUUGUAUUACUGAAUAAUACUUGGAUGACAAUAAUGAAAUAAUAUUCAAAUACUUCUUUUUUCUUGAAGAGAAGUGAAAUUCUUGUCCAUCUUUUUUCUAUUCAGUUCCAUUUGCCUACUUACUCUGCAUUUCUGAUGUCUAUCAAUUCAUUAUACUUGUUUUUGUUAGAAUAUGAUACGCCUCGGUUUUAGUAUCUGAAUAUACAAUUUAUACUAUAUUUGUGUUAUGAAAGAAUGCUCUCUUUAUUCAACUCAUAUCAAAAAGAAAUGUAGUGUCAUGCUUUUAUAAGUAAUGUGUAUAGAGAAAAUCAUACACCUUAGAUAAUAAGGAUGAGCUACUGUUUGAUACUCUGUUUAAGGAAAGACAGAAAAUGUUGGAUUAUGCAUAUGGUCAAAAAACAAGAGAUCCAACAUUUUGUGUGAGAUGUAAUUUAGAGUAAGUCGCUGCUUUCGAUUUUGUGUAACAGCUACGCUGCUUGCUUCAUUUCAAACUCCACCAUGUUUACAUGGCCUUGGUGUUUAACAGGCCGCCAGCUUUAGGCCAUUGCACUUGUGUUUAUUUGUGAUAAUGAUAGAAUUAGUGUUUAUUAUUAUGUUUACAGGAAAGACUUAAGUCAGUGUGCUCCAUCGUAGGAUAAGGAUGAAGUAUGAGUGGUCAGUUUCCGACACGGGGGUAAUUUUGAUUCCACUUUGGGGUUAUUCUUAGAUCUAUUGGGACGGUGAUGUUUGAUUUCAUCUGAUAUAGAGGGAAGAGGAACCGAGCUGCAUGUUCACAGCUCACUGCACAGAUAUCAUUGCUACACAUACUGCUCCUCAUGUGACCCAGAAAUGGGAGUUGGUUGAGUCGAGGUUGUACGUCUAACCAGAUACACAAGACUUGCAUUAUGUCAUUAGUCUCGUCUGCAAGCCCCUGAGAUGUGAUGCCUUGGUAUGAGUGGUAAAUAUUGCCGAGGUUUGUGGUAAUGAUGUGGUCUUUGCGAGAGCUGAAGCACUGGUCAGUUAUAUAGCUGCCCAGGUGUAGCCUGUGGUGGCAGAUCUUCAUUAGGUGACAUUGACCGGGAUGGUGAGAGGCGUUGGAAGGUCAUCCUUGGUGGAUGUUGAUCUUGAGUGACAGGGGUGAGGAAUGUGAGGAGGUGAUUGGUUGGGAGGAAACCAAGCGACAGCCAAUCCCAGGAAUGUCAGAUUGUUGACCAUAUACUCAUAAAGAGAAAGUCAAGUCAGUUCCGAGGUUUCUUAUGUACAUCAAUAUUUCGGAAGUGUAAGGAUGGCUUUUGGUACAGACUGGGAGCCUCUUUUAAUUAUCUGUGUGUCAUCAUGGAAUGUGGAGCAUCUUCUACAAGGUGUUUUUUUAACAGAUUAGCUCCUUGCCUACACUAUACACGUCAUGUACCUCGGCCAGACAUCGGGACAGGGUCAGUCUGCAUCAAAGAUGGGCCCUAGAGUAAACUGUGCCAUCUGAUUCUGAAAUGAGUUGAUUGUAUGAUUUGUAUGAUUUGUAUCUCCAAUAUAGUUAAAUGAACCUUCACAGAAAUACAAGAAACGUCAACAUCAGGGCAUGGCCCCAUUCCACAAAAUGAUCUUAGGACCAAUUAACCAGAACAUCCAUGUGUUAACAUUGACCUACGACAGUCCAAGCGCUAAGAUAGCUUUAUGGAACAGGGCCUGGUCGCCAAACACAUCUGAUCAUUAACUCUGUGUAAGCUCUGUGAGUAGAAGUUUCCAGGGGAUACUUGAGAUGUUGAAGCUUUCUGGCUUAGAGAACUGCCCACAGCCUGUUGUGAUGUCCUUUGUAUAGUCCUUGGUGCCAGGGAACCCGACUGUGACAUGGGUGUUCGUAAGCUUGUCUGUCAGUACGUGAGUAUUGUGAAGCACUGUCCAUGUGUCCGUGUGUUCACCGUCAGUCAUGUUACAUUCAUGUUCAGUGUAGUUUUCUUUGCAUGCCAGAUUUCAGACUUAAAUCAUGUACAGUUUGAUGUAUUUGAAUGCAAUUUAACAGAACUUUCAGCUGUACUUGAAUGUACAAUAACAGGACCAUGGCUGGACUUGAAAUUUGAAUGCAAUUUUGAUAAUGCAGUUAGCAAGAAUAGCAGAAUGAGAUCAGAAUAUAAAUGUGGAAGGCUUUUAUGCUAACCAGAGUUUUUGAAAAUAUGAAACCAGUUGUUGCCGUUUAACAUACUGUUCUAUUAUUGUCACACAUGAUGUAUGCCUUCUGACAGUGCAGUCCUGAAAGUAAAUGGAAAACUAAAACAGGCCAAUGAAAACCUGGCUCUAGUAGUCAUGGUAACAGAGUCAUCAUUAGAAACAUGCUCCUAUUUGGUUCCAUUGGGAGGUUCUGUUUGGCCGUUCAAGGUCAUACAACUGUCCUCAAACCACUGACCUGGGCCCAAACACAGUCUGCUGAGUGGCAUCAGGAGAUCAUCAAAGAACUUUCAGAAAAAUGCCCAAAUGAAAAUCUGUUGUAAGCUGACUUUUGGACUGCUGUCAUCAGGUAUUGUGUAUGAUGUAGAUUGGUGUAUACCGAUGACUUGUAUGAUGUGUAGGUGUCCCUCCCUGAUGGUCUCCGUGUAACCGUAGUCCCGUGCUGCUUCCUCAAGCACUGCACCAUCUCUCAUCUCUCAUCUCACACUGUACUGUAUGUUCCACUUAUUUGUGUUCUGGUUUGGAGCUAAUAAAAAUAGUUGUAGUUGA